UGGAGCCGGGUGGAGAAUGGAGAGCGACUGCGGGCAGAAGCGGUGCCCGGGAGCCGCAGCUCACGGCCCGGACAGGUCCUCCGACCGGCCCAGCCGCCCCUCGGCUUCUCAAUUCACUGACAUCCGUCCUCAGGACUUGCAGGAGGCAACGAAGGUGGGAUCCGGAGGCUUCGGCGAGGUUUACAGAGCGCUACACCGGGUGUGGAGGAUUCCCGUGGCUGUGAAGUACAUGAGGGUGAAUGGAAGUAACAACCACGAACUGCUGGAAGAAGCAAGGAAGAUGCACAAGGCACAGUUUGAGUACAUUCUCCGAUUGUAUGGAAUUACAAAAUGUGACUUGGAGCCUGGAAUCAAAUCACUGGGACUGGUAACUGAGUUCAUGGAGAAUGGAUCGUUGGAAGAUCUCCUUCACUGCUAUAACGUCCCUUUGCCUCUUCGCCUGCGGUUUGUGUAUGAGAUUGCUUUGGGAAUGAACUUCCUACAUAACCUUAACCCAGCCCUCUAUCACCAUGACUUAAAGCCUGCUAACAUUCUACUCAAUAAGGACUAUCGCAUUAAGAUCUGUGAUUUUGGUCUGGCAAAGUGGAGGAAGUUGACAAGUCAGAACAGAAGUGACUCCAGCAAAAAUCAUGGUACACUUAGUUAUAUGCCACCUGAAUGCUUUAAGGACAUCAAUGCCAGAAGGGACACAAAGUUUGAUGUGUACAGCUAUGGAAUUGUUAUCUGGGAGAUAAUGACUUGCCAGAAACCUUAUAAAAAUGCUGUAAAUUCCCAGCACUUGAAGCUGUGUGUGGGCAAUGGAGGCAGACCCGACCUGAGGGACAUCCCUGAGGAUUUUCUGGAAUCUUGUGUGACACUCAUUAACCUGAUGAAAAAGUGCUGGCAUGAAAAUCCUAAUGAUCGCCCACCCUUUUCAAAGUGUGUUCAUGACCUUGAACCGGAACAGAGGAGCAAGGAGGAGCUGCGACAGGCAGUUCAGACCCUGGCACAGCAGGAGUCCACUCGUGUAGACAGACACAGGGAGAUGAGCAAUGGAGGUUAUGUCAACAGCAGCAGUGAACUCUGUGAACCCGUUAAGGAGCAGAAUGAAAACUUCUUCAACCUUGUCGAGCCUGUUCAGGAAUCCAUCUGGAUGGAAUGCACGGCUGAAGUGUCGCAGGCUGCCAGCCAAGAGGAAGCUGUAAAGUCUCCUUUAUCUGUGGUUACUGCAGAGGAAUGCAUGAAAUUGGCUGAACUGGUCAAUGUGAAGUGGAAAGCACUAGCCAGAUACUUGGGUCUGACCAAUGGGGAGAUCGACACCAUUGACUACGACUACAACACGGACGGCUCGGUGGAGAAAGCCUAUCAGGUGCUUUGCAAGUGGAAACAGCAGCAGGGGCAGAAAGCCAAUCGAGCAUGGUUAGUGCAGAGCCUGAGCAGGAUUGGGGCAGAGCACUUGUGGAAGGGGUGAUGCUGAGUGCAUUCAUGGAUCUCCUGGAUGCCUUCAUUUGUUCCCAAACUGCAGAACACCCUUUCUGUUCUUUGGUUAAAGAUGUGUACUACUUUCAGAAUGAGCUGUGAAGUUAAUUGGUGUUGGAGAUUCUGUAAUUGGGAAUAGAAGGUCAAUCACCUGUUGGCUGUAAACUAUUGUAAAUUGAUGUGCAAGACCAAUGGUUGGGCUCAGUGGUCACCUGUACACACACCUCCCUGGGUCAUGAGACUGUGGGUUCAGGCUGACACUUUAUUGGACGUGCCAACUGUUUGUUGGAUGAGAAAUUAAACAGAUCCCUUGUCCAGUCAUUUAUGUUAUGAGUCAGGUUGCUAUUUGGUGAAUGUCCCUUCAAGGCACCUGGACAGUAGUGUAGUGUGUGUGGUGUUAUCAAGACAGCAAGAUUAUAACAACGUGCUGACGGUUUCCCUCAGUGAGUCAGAGGGAGAGAGGGAUAGACACUGACUGCUGGUCUCCAUAUCAAUGGAUGAAGAACAAUAGUUGUGUCUGUCACUACAAUCCAUGUACCGAUUUUUGGAGCAAACAAGUGGAGUCCACUUUGUCGUCAACCUGUAGUGGGAAACAGGUAUUUGUGGGCGGCCACGUAUCGAAUGUCUUCGGGGUGGCAGAUACUUUGGAACAAAGCAAUGGAGAUCAUCAGUGAUUGAGGUGUCAUAUGGGUUCCAUCGUGGAACAUGUGGAUUCGUAAAUUCUCUCUACAUUUUCACUUCAGUCAACAGUGGUUUUGCAAAAGCCUUUGCUCGUGUUUCAUCUGAUGACUUGCUGAACUGAACUUUGAGAAUUAUUCCUAGACUUGGGGUUUGGGAAUUUGCCACACACACACACUGAGUUUAGUUUUGGGGUUAAUGUUUGAUAUCUAACAUUUUUAUUUUUCUUAUCAUUACAAGUAGUUAUUAAUAAAAUAGUUUUUAACACUUG